AAAAUAAUUAAUUUUAAAAUAGUUCAAGAAAAGAAAAAAAGGAAACAAUAAAGACAUUUACAAUUGAAUGUUUUAGUGAAAAGUAACUGCAAUCCUAUUAAAAAAGAUGCUUAAAAAAGUGUUCAAACAACCAUGUCGAAUGGAUUAGUGCCAUUGGUUGUAUUGUUUCUAUCAAUUCUCGGGUUUUUGUGCAAUAAUUGUUUCAUUUUUUUAAUGUAAAAAUGCAAGCAUACAAAUAAAAUCAACAAUUCUUCCAUAUAAGAUGUUUUAGCACAGGUGUGAGUGUGUUACACGGAUAAGCGUGUAUUUGUUUUUGUUUCUCAUAUUUACGAAAAGAAAAACCAGAAAAAAAGCUCAGCUGUUUCCUUUGACAGUUUUUUAAAACCCUUCACGUCGUGCAAAUAUUUAUAAAUAUAUCUUAACGAUUACAUUUAGUUAAAAAAAAAACGAUGAUAAUUAACAAAUUAAUUAUUGAUUUCAUUUGUUGCUAAACACGCAUUAUACAUUAUUACGAAAGUGUGAAAAUUUAUUUAGAAGAGGGAGAGAGCAAAAUCCAAGUUUUGUUGUGAAAAGUAAAAAAAAAAAGUGAACGCAUAAUCAUCAUUUUUAUAUCUCAACCCAUCCAGCCAUCACACAACAAAAGUGACCUCGUCUCUGUUUUGUUUUUGUUUUUACAUUUUGUCUUUUCUUCUGCAAUAUUUAUACAAAACAAAAAAAAAAAGAGAAGAAAAAACAAAAACAAUAGGAGGAAAUACUUUUACAUAUUUGUAUGUACGUCAUAUAUACCCUCCAGCACUACACUCCAUACACGUAAUUAUUGCAUUAGGCACCAAUGUUUUAUGGUGUUGGCGUUGUGUUUUGUUUAAAUGCAUAAUCGUUUGCCUUAAAAAGAAAAUAUUGCCAUUUCAUAUGCUAAAAAUUGAAUUCAAUCAACGUGUGCGUUUGCUGGUGCUGCUGCUGCUUUCAUAACAAUCGCCCACGCUCUCUCUAUUCUCUAGUGUGGUGUGGUGGAGGUGGUGGUCUUCUGUUAUCCUUUUUUUAUUUUGCGGAGAUUUUUUUUUAAAAAUAAUUUUCUGCAUUCAAAUUGCACUGACUAAUAUCAAUGGCUGAUUUUGAUGCUAUCUACGAGGAAGAUCAAUUGGAGGAGCACUAUGAGGAUCAGACAGUAGCCCCUGUGGCAGAGCCAAUUAUUAUACGUGGGGCUGGCAAUAUGACAGUAUUUGGUUUAAGUAAUCGCUUCAACACAGAAUUCCCAUCUGGUCUUGUCUCCCGUGUUGCACCCGAAGAGUUCAAAGCCACAAUUGUACGCAUAAAUGGCAUUUUGAAAAAGACGUUGCCCGUCAAUGUUAAAUGGCUAUUUUGCGGCUGUGUCUGUUGCUGUUGCACGCUCGGUUGUUCUCUAUGGCCAGUUAUUUGUUUAAGCAAAAGAACUCAAAUAACUUUGGACAAAUUACUCGAAUGGGAGAAUAGUCAUUUAUACCACAAGCUCGGUUUACACUGGCGUCUUCAUAAACAGCAAUGUGAUUCCAAUUCCAUGAUGGAAUAUGUUAUAUUAAUUGAAUUUAUACCCAAAACCCCAAUUUAUCGGCCGGAUUAAGGGCGCAUUUAGCGUUUUGGGGAAAACUCGUUUUAUCUAAGUGGUUUGAUUUUUAAUUUCUUGUGUUGUUGUCUUGAUUGGUUAUCAUGUCAUUGAUUUUCUUUUCUUUUUUUUUUUUUAAUGAAGAAGGAGAAGAAAAAAAGAGAGAUAAAUUUGUACAAAAACGAAAGGAAAUGCUUAUCUUUUAAAGGAAUUCAGAUUUUAUAUGUGAUGAAAAUGUAGAUGAUUUUAAAUUUAAAAACACACGCAUCCAAGCACACGUAGCUAUAAAAGUUUUGAAGUGAAAAAUACAUAGGAAUCUAGUUUAUAGUUAUUUGAAUGAUUUUUUAUUUAAGGCUUAGUUAAAUCGCUCCUUCAGUUUACUUUUUAUGUAAAUCGAAACUCAUAGUGUCUUAUAAUUUGUUUUUUAUUUUUUUUAUUUUAUACAUAAUUCGCUUACUUUAAGGGCAAAAUUUGAGUAAAACAAAUCUGCUUUUAAGUGCAUUAGUUGUAAAUAAACUGAAAUAACAAAUAAUUUCAUAAAAAAAAAAAAAAAAAUGCUGGAAUUUUUAUGUACAAUUUUUAUUAAUUAUUAAUACUAUCGUGUUUUUUUACUAUUACGUUGCGUUAUGGGCUUUUUUUUUAACUAAACGCCAAGUUAUGCGAAAGUAAGAAAACGUUGAAAUGUUUUUAAUGCCCAUCACCGCAAAUUCGGAUAUACAUCUUUUUACUUUUACACCAGUUAACCAGGAGUUUGUGUCAAAUGAAACUAUGUGACUAUGACAAAAAUAUUAUCUAAAACACGUUAUUAUGGUUUUGUUGCUCCAACUUGCGUUUGGAAAAGUUAUGCGGAUAAAACCGCCACAACAAUCAAUUCGACCAUAGGCCCAAACUCUGCCGUGGAAAAUGUAUUAACGGCAGGCUAUUUAAAACUUCAACCAUAAUAGAUAACUUACAAAAGAUAUUGAACAAGAUAUUUAUACAAGCGUGGCCUUGUUUUGUUCGAAAGGUCGGUACGAAAGUAAAAACCGAUCGAGAACUUAACAUAUCAGGGCUUUGCGGAUUGUGUGCAAUUGUUUCAUGUGAUGGGCAUUAAAGAUUCGCUUCGAAGCGAAUGCAAUUUUCUUACUUCUUCUGGACUAAAACAGGGGCACUUACACAACAAUCUCCUUUCAAAAUGUAUGGCAGAUGUGCUUAGUACCGAAUUUCGAAAUAUUUCUCGAUUCUUUAACAAAAAAUAUAAAACAAAAAAUAGGACAAAAA